UCCGUGUAAUUCUACCGGAAUUACACUGACCUACCUGAGCAUUGAGUACCUCGAAAAUCGGUGUUAUGUUACCGUGUAACCCGCUGGAUUCGCAACUGUAGUGCAUUGUGUCGUCAGUACGUUUUUGUCAGUGUGCUUUGCGUGAUGUGCGCGCGGCGACAGACGUGGGCCAUGUCCGUUUCGACGCCGGCUACGAUUGCAAGCGCUUGGCUUAGGCUUAAUCAGUCUCCGACGGGUCUUCGGAUCAACCCUGCGGACUCCAACAUCUGUGAUGUGCAAAGGCGCGAACAUUAGGCGGCAUAUAUUUGCCGAAACGCUUAGCCGUAAGUCCCUGGCGGCGUACCUCGUCGUUGUCGAUACGUGUCAGUGCGCGUCGCCGUACAAUCGUGCGGGUGCUUGUGUACGUUUGUUUCAGUUAACGUUAUUGGACAUCAGUGCUUAUCACUGCCGAGAUAUGCCGCUUCUCCGGCAACACUUUCAGUGCCACGUCAUGUGCUGCAUCGUUUAAUGCUUCGACACACUCCCGAUCGCUUCUUUCGAGCCAAGCCUCAAUGGUGUAAAAAUACAAGGCAUGGCUGAACUUCAGGUCACUCUGGAGUUUUUCAUUGAGCUGUUCAAGUUCAGCAAUGUUGACCUCUUCCAGCGAGGGUACUAUCAAAUCCGGACAGCUCUCAAGGUGCCCCAGAGGCUUCCAGCCAGAGUUGAAGUCCAACUGCCAAAAAGCACAGUGAUUCAAAGUUAUGCCCUGCCCAUAGUUUUUCCUCCCUGCAUUGUGAAUGGCGCGGCUGUCAGCAAGACUUUUCAGAUCCUCUACAAGAAUGAAGAAGUGUACCUGCACGACACCGUGUUAUUCAAGGUCCAUGCACUUGUUGACGCACACAAGGUCCGGGAUAUGCUGUCCAAGGCUGACUUCCAGCUUUCUGUUGAGCUUUGGUUCACGGAUCAAAACUUUGGCCCUGACCACCACAAGACCAUCCAGUGCGUGAGUUCGCGACUUCUGACUUUGCACAUGGACCCCAGUCGCGGUCUUCAUCACCAUAUUCCAGUUCUGUUUGACUAUUUCCACCUGUCGGCGGUCUCCAUCACAAUUCAUGCUUCGUUGCUGGCUGUAUACCAACCUUACAUCAGGCAAGUUUAUUUCGAAAUUGUACUGUUCAAGAUGUGCGCGAUGUUGCAGAAGUAUACGGACCACAGACUCACUGAAAAAAAAAAAAAGACGGAAUUUGUUGAUAAUUUAGACGCGCAAGCUGAACGAAAAGUCAGAACUGCACUCUUCAAUUUCAAGUUACAUUCAAGGAUGGAGAAGAAAAUCGGUUUUAGCACAGAAAUCCUGGUCUGUAUGCAUUUGCUCAAAGGAGCGCAUUCACGUUCAUGUACCCCCAUACGGUGUUGCAAUGACGCCUGUUCCAUUUUGUGGUGCAGCGUUACCAGGACAGGAAGAGCGCAAUGGUUUACGGGAAGCCCGAGGCUCGCCUCUCGAAAGUCGAUGUCAUCCAGCCUGGAGAGUGUCUUCUUUGGGCCACAGACGAGCGGAAGUGGUGGACGACUCCUGGGGCGCCUGCAGCGAGCCUGCAUGGUGCACUGGGAGCUGUGCUCACUCCUGCUCACGGCCUAUGGGAGCCUGCAGCGUCGAAUGGUCGAGUUCAUGCGCCUCCUGCCACCAUGGCAGCACCUGCGGCGAGUUGUGGAAGACUCAUUGCACCUCUCCUCUUGUCUGGAAGGACUCAGCAAUGUGGCAAAGGACUGUUUUCAGCACCUUAAGGCCAGGGAUGUCUCCCCUCCGGAGUGGGACAAAGUCUUUGCUCACAUCACGCAAGCAGAGAACGAGGAAGACUUCUUGGCAGUGGCACACAGCGACGUGGCGCAGCUGUGCGGUGCGCUGAUUGUGCUCUGGAAACAGUUCCUAGAGGUGGUCGCGGACCAAGACCGGGUGCGCCAGCAGCUGGCUCGCCAGCACCACCUGCAGCGGGUCAAGCGCUUCGCCGAGGCCUACUUCGUCAUAGAGCGGCCACGCAUCGCCGUCCUGUCGGCCAAUGACGCCAGCACGCAGCUCUUCUUCGAGGUGACGGAGGCACUGCGGCGUUCCGAAUAUCUUGCCCUGCUUCCGCCGCUGGAAGUGGAGUGUGCCGAGCUCGACGGCGACAGCAACAACCUUCCCAUCAUCUACGAGGAGCACUACCAGGAUUUCAAGACAACGCCUCAAGGCUGCGCAUCACAGUCCUGCCUGAACCUCAGCGACAUCUCGCUUCAGUUCGAUGACAGGCGUCCAUCAGCGUCCGCCAUCAGCAGCAUGAAGCUAUCGGAGAAGGCUGCAGUGGCGUCCAAAUUGCUGGGCCAGAAAUCCGUACCACUGAGGCACGGUUCACCAACUCUCUCCGCUGAUGCCGACCUGGGUUCUCCCACCUCUACAUCGUCAACUUCUUCUGCAGAUGCCCAAGACCGUGACAGCGGCACCCGCUCCGGCAAAGGAAGCGCAUCAUCAUCGCGAGCCAAAGUGAAAUUAAAAGCGCGCACUGCCAGCCUGCUUCGUCAGCUGAAAAGGCCCCACCUGAACAACUCGUCUGUGACUUUACUCGCAUUCAAGAGACUCGAUGCAUUACGGAGUCGGGCCGCCGAAACCAGUGGUAGUGCCUCCAGUUCACAGAUGAAGCAUUCGCAGAGUUCAGUUGCGGUUACGUCGGCAAACCUGUCCCUUCCGAGAAGCGUUGCGAUGCCUUUGCAGUCCCAUCUUCUCAACAGCGAGUCCAUGCCCGACUUGACGACCCAGUUGGCAUCGGCGCGAACGGCGCCGCAAGUCGUGCCACCGGCUCCGCCACCACCGAGGUCGCGAGUUGCAAGCGACAGUCUCAAUGCCAACUUUGACGCACUCUUUGUCAGUGACCCGGUCGUUGCUAGGAAAGCAGUGUCGGAAUCAUGCUCGUGUGUAAGACCGCACCUUCGAACUGCUCUGGCUCACAGCCUCACAGCCGCGAAGCACAGGCGAUCUACAUCGUCGUGCCAAGUCGGCUCCGAUGGCCGUCGCACGUCGGCACCGCUCUCGAAUGCGCAGGACCCAAGGAGAGAGUCGCUGGGCAUUCCUGACUUUAGGAGAGAAUCUUUCGGAGUCCCCGAUUCAGGGCGGGAAUCCCUCUGCAUGCCCGAUUCGAGGAGGGAAUCUCUUGGAAUCCCCGACUCUAGGAGGGACUCAUUGGAUGAGGUCUUCCUCUGUCCUGGAACUGGAGGCUCCAGUAAAUCCACUUCGGGUUACGAAAGCGCGGACACGUCAUCCGACGUUGUGACGAUUGCUCCGAUGCCAGAGAAGGGCGCGACAUCGCCGCUCGACUGCGGAACGUCGAUACCUCCAUUACCGCCGCCGCAGUUCAGGGACAGCCCCAAAGAUGCAACACCUGCCGGUAGUUUCGGCAUCCAUCCUUUUUCGUCAUUACCUUGUAAAGAAAAGCUAACAAAUCACUCUGUCAGCACGAACUGCUGCAGCUUUCCUUAUUCUCAGAACAGUGUGAAUGGUGUCGCGCCUUCUAAGGAAAAGCAAGCCGAACCUGUGAAUGCUCCCAUGAUGGCCUGUGAAGGUACAGCUUUCUUCCCGAAGCCCCCGGCCGAGUUUGCGAGUGAUCAGACACCAAACGUGGCGCCCCCUCUUCCCGAAAACGGCGACGACGAAGAACCCCCGGAGGAUCCCAGUAUGAUUCAAAACGGCGUCGAGAAAGAGGUUUGUCCGUCCGACGAGGAGGCGAGACGGCGGUAUGAAGAGUGCAGGUCGUACCUCGAAACGAAAUGUACGCUGAUAGAAAUGCUGACCGAACCAAAGGACGAGUAUCAUGCGGCUCUGGACAGUGUUGUGGAGGCAUCGCAGGAAUUUUGGCAACAGAUAGAAGCUGAGAAGGAUGAAAACGCGAACGAUGAAGCUGAAGAUAUUGUGUCCGUGCGCCGGGCGUCUGCAGUCAAUGCCGAUGUCAUCAGCUUUGUGAAGGCAAAAGAGGAAUUCCGUGCACACCUAAACAUGCCUUGGCUGUGGUACAGUGAUUUCCCGGUGCUGGCAUCGUCGGUGCCCUACUUUCAGUGUGAUAACGACCUACGAGCGUUCAGCCCCGAAGGACUUCACCUUGUGAUAUGUGUGCAUGGUUUAGAUGGAAACAGUGCUGAUUUGAGACUAGUCCGCACGUACCUUGAGUUGGGCCUGCCCAUGGUCAACUUUGAGUUCCUCAUGUCUGAAAGAAAUCAGGGUGAAACGUUUGAAGAUUUUGAAACCAUGACAGACCGUCUUGUUUCUGAAAUUAGCUACCACAUUGAAGUGUUCGCUCUGAAGCCAACCAAAAUCAGUUUCAUCGGUCAUUCGUUGGGAAACAUCAUCAUCCGCAGUGCGCUGACUCGACCCGAGAUGAAGCCUUACCUGAACCUGCUGUGCACGUUCCUCUCACUCUCAGGCCCUCACCUCGGCACGCUGUUCAACAACAGUGGUCUCGUCAACAUGGGCAUGUGGUUUAUGCAGAAGUGGAAGAAGUCUGGCUCCCUGCUCCAGCUGGCCAUGAAGGACACGGCUGACAUUCGGCAGUCGUUCCUCUACAAGCUCAGCCAGAAGCCUGGGUUGGAAUUUUUCAAGCACGUGUUGCUCUUCGGGUCUAUGCAAGACCGUUACGUGCCCAUCCACUCGGCAAGGAUUGAGCUCUGCAAGGCAGCAGUCAAGGACGCUACGCCAAUAGGGGCUGCGUACAGGGAGAUGGUGAGCCACCUUCUUCGGCCGCUCGCCAGCAAGCCCGACAUCAGCCUGGUGCGUUACGACGUGCACCACGCGUUGCCCAGCUCGGCCAACUCACUCAUCGGCCGUGCUGCCCACAUCGCCGUGCUCGACUCCGAGCUCUUCAUCGAGAAGUUCAUGGUGGUCACGGGUCUGAAGUACUUUGCGUGAGACAUGUCCUUCGCUCCCCCUCUUCCUUCCCUCAUUCCUUUUUUUUUUUUCUAAUCCCAGACACACCGAGAUUAUCUUAUACAACUGUGCUUACUGAUCGUGGUCACGGUGCUUGCCUGCGACCCUUGGCUUCACGAAGGUUGUUAUAUUUUUUUUUGUGUGUGUGUGUGUGUUGCAUUGAAAAGAAGCCUCGUUAGAGGCCAAGCUUAACCUGGUAACUCUCAAGUUCUGUCCUAGAAAAGUUUGAAAUUUGUUAAUUGUUUUAUUACUUGGAAAAUUUUUUUCCAUGUUAUUACGAAAGGCACAAGCGUAGUACAUCUCGGGACGUGCAAAACUGGUGACUUCUUUGUUUAUUCCCUUUAUUUUGCACUGCCUUUCUUUUUGUCUUCUUCCACAACAUGAGUAAUGUUCUGCGGGGAAAAAAAAACGACUAGUUGUACGAUUUAUGCGCUUGUCCAAUGGAAACAUGGAAUAAGAUGUCAGCAGAGAGCUUUUCUGAAUAUAUGUAAAAGGCUGCAGUAAUAUUAUUCUCAUCUUUCACGGCAGCAAAAGAAACAUAAACUUCGGAGUGAUUACGCAUGAUUGCCCAAGGCCAGCAGUUAUUGGUGGAAUGAGCUGACGCGCCUGACUCAUUACGGGAGAGCAAAGCGCUGGGAACAGUUGGAAUUUGUUCUUGGCAAUACUGGCACAAACUGACGGGACAAAAACGGCAUGGGCUUGGGAGUUAAAGGGUUAAGUUUCUCUGUCCAAAUUAUCAGAGACAAGGUAAUGCCCUUGUAAGACAACCACGAAGCCAGUUCUGAUUUAAAUGAGUCGUAUACUGAUGAAUAGCAUAAGUGGCACUUUCAUCGAGACCCUUAAGUAUCUUUAAAACGUGGCGAAAAGUGUUUCAAAAGUGCUUAAAUGGCAUAGCAUACAGCCGUUACUUCCAUAUUGCACAUAAAAACUUUAUAAAUUUCUGUUAACAGUCUGCAUCCGUUACAGCAGACCCUCAUACGACGAAACUUUUGCAUAUACAGUAAUGCCUCGUUAACUUGAAGUAGUAAAAACUGGGGAAAAUUUCAAGAUAAGCAGAUUUUCAAGAUAAGCAAAGUUGUUCAAAACUCGGCCUUAACAUCUAUCUUACCUGAAAUUUGCUUCAAUGAUCCACGUUUUGCUAGGUUCUGUUUAUGAAGCUAUGCUUUGUCAUGUAAGCGAAUGGAAGGCAUAGUUUGUUUGUUUUAAAGUGUUUUAAUGUAUAUUAUGUAUAGAAUUUUGUUAUUUGUUAGUUUUGCAAAGUGAGGCCUGCAAACCUGCUCCCAGCUUUUCAAGCUUUGCAAUUUUUUUGCAGUUUCUAUAAAAAAAAUGUUGAGGACCUUUGUCAGAACACCUCCUCUCAAUGAUGGCCAUGGACAUUGAAUGUGGAUUGGUGCAGAAUACAUUCAAACAAAUAAUCAAUGCAAACGUUCUGCACAUCAAGAGAAAGCGUUAGCUAAGCUACCCACAGCUCAUUCAAUUGGUAAUAACUUUCGAUUCUCAACCGAAAGGUGUGGUGGUGUUGGCUACAUGGUCAAAUUUUGCACGGCUAUCAUUGCAGAAUCAUUUGCAUUCGUCUUUCUUUUGAUCUUCCUUGCACUUUCUUUGUUCAUACCCUAAAGUGCUGCAAAACGAUAGCAAACACUGAAAAGAGUUUUUUCUGAAUAACCAAAACCACAAAGAAGCCACGUAAUGCGACCAUCACAAAGCUAGUUUCUGAAGACAGUGCUUGAAUUACCCAUAUGCCAUUUUAUUACUGUUUUUAUGGGGUUCAUAAUACUCACGGCAAGAAUAAUUUUAUUAGUCUCCUAAACUAAGUACUGUAUUGGAAGCUCUCAUGAUGCAUCCAAGUUGAGCUUGACAUAUUGAUGACAUGUGCCAUGUAUGGAAACAUGCUGCAUUGACCUCCACCAUGUUUCAGUUUCCUGUAGUACAUUUUUUUUCCCAAGCAAUAAUGUUGUGUACAGUUUGCAACUACAGUUGACUCCCAUUAAUGCGAAGUUCACAGGGAACCCGGAAAACUUCAAAUAAAACAAAAUUCCAAUUAACUGCAAAGAACAAAAGUACACAUUUCUAUUAGUCCGAAAGCCUCACUAUUCAUGAAAAAAACAAACAUCGGUAAUUUCCGUCUGCUUCUGCAUACAGAAUCUUGCUGCGGAAACUAAGUUCUGCAGACUGUAGAUGUGUCCAAGUGCUUCUUCUGCGUUGUCGUCUGCAGCAAAAAACUGCUGCGCGAGGGCAAGGCCCGCAGCUACAUCAGCAGCCCACGGUUACGGCUCAGUUUCAGUGUCGUCGUCAAUUUCACUUUCGUUACUAGUCUCGCGGGGCGGAACAGUCUCAAUGAUUGCAGUGUCUGUCAGUGCGCUGCAUGUCUCGACUGGGCUGUCCACGGCAACAUACUCUUCAAAAUGGAUGUCGCCAAGAGCUGCUCUAAGAUUAUUGUUGUCAAGUUCACUUGUCUGUGCUUCCCCGUUAGAGAAGACGAAUCGUCCCCUGAAACACUCCAGUGAAACCACAAGCCCUGAAGCAGUUCGCCACUCGAAUCGUGGACGCCGUAGUAAACGCUGCGGUUGUCUUCACUCUCUACAGAGCAGCGGGCAAGGAGGACAUCGAGGCGACCUAGAAGCUGGCAGAGAAUGCCCUUCCUCACCUGACCCUCCUGCCUCGCACGUGACUGGAGAAGGCAUGCAUCCAAGCCGCAUUCCUCGUUCACGCACGUGAGAUUGAACAGUGUUCGCCAGCUCACCCUUACUUGCUUUCACUCGCACAUACAGCAUAUGGUGUACGGCAACAAUUUUAUUGCCCUUGGACUUUUUAGGAACCUCACAGCGACGCCGAUGCCACCAAUACGCCCGGAGUGUCCAUAUAAUUGCUAUCGCAAUAAAGGUGCAGUCUCAUCGGCAUUAGAGAUGUCCUCUGGCUGAUAUUCAUUCACGUACUCGCAAACCUUUUCUUCCUUCCACGUCGUUCACGUUUCCUGAUUGACUGAUGCCUUCUCUCCACUGACAUUUUCAAAAACCAGGUCAUGACUAUGCUUGAAGCGUGUCAGCCAUCAAUCAGAGGAAACAAAGUUGUCGCUCCACAACAUCGCUGCAAGGGGCAGGGCUUUCGCUGCAACGACGCCACCACUGAGAGGAAGUUGGUUGCUCCGUGCUUCCCUAAUCCAAAGGAGCAGCGCUUGCUGUGCAGGUGGGAGUGCGCAUUCUCUUUCAAGACAUCUUGAAUUGAUCGAUCUCAAGAGCAUCCAGUAUCGAACGCUUGUUCUUGAUAAAGUUUGAGGCUGUGUUAGGCUUGAUGCUGUACUUCCAUGCCAUGUCUUGCUUGUCGAUGCCUCCUUUCUCAACUUCUUUCAAAAUCUCGACUUUCGUCGCCAAGUCAAGCGUGCGAUAGGAUCCACAGGUUGUCACCAUUACGAGUGCAGCCAAAAUACGGCACAUGGAAACCAGUGCAACGAACCCAGCGUGCUUGUGAACCAACCUCAGGAAAGACACUGGAGACAAGGAUUCCAACGUGUUGCUUGUGCCUGGUUUGACUGCUUAAUUUUGUCACUUUAUGGGCAGUUACUCCGGAGACCCUGUCGUCGAGGUGGGCCGCCGCUCUGUGCAGCUCAGGCCUCGGAAUCCAGAUGUGGGCAGUCCAGCAAGCCCGUGAGGCGGUGUUGAGGCAGGGCCUUGAUGUUUCCCCAUGGGAGACCUGAGCCCGGGUCGUGUUAAACCUUGCCGGACGUACAAGAAAGUUGUAUCCAUCCAUCCAUCCAUCCAUAUGAGCUGUGGUGCUGUGAUCAGCUGAAAUGCUGACAAUACCACUGUGGCACACAAAACUGCUGUUGCACUUCAAAAAUAGGCCUGAUAGUAUAAUCUUGACACUUCAUGAGCGAUGGCGCUGUAGUCGGCUGUGAUGGUGACGCUACUAGUGUAAUACACAAAGCGGUUUUUGUACUUUAAAGAUAGCAAACAUGUCAAAUGUUACAAUCACUUCGAGGCUUUCGAUUGAAGAAUAAUUUCUAGUUAACCUAUUUGUUAGACAUUUAACUUCCAACUACCAAGCAUUUUUUUUUUUCCAUAGGAUUUCAUGCAGAACUGAGGGGACCCUCACUUAACUUCCAUUUAACCAACGAUUUCAAUUAAGCAACUUCGAAUUAUUGGGAGUCCACUGUAGUAGUUUAAACUAUGCAAACAAGCAACAGCAAAUAGAACUGCUUUGAACGAAUUCAGAUUUUCAAAGCACAUCGUUGUAACAGUUCAUUUGUAAUUCGCUGCGUGCCAUAGGCGAUUCUGAAUCUGUGUCGCCUUUUCAGCGAGCUAACGUGAUUGUGCAUUACUCUUUAAGUUAGAAACUUGAGAUCAUUCUGUGGGCUGUGAGUGCUGUACAUCAUCAAGAACUUUUGUGACAUGCAAUUGAAAGGUUUUAUACACUGUUUGGUUCAGGCUGUCAUCAGUUGACUUAGCUUUUUGUCUCAUGCUACAGCCUGUGACAACAAAAGUGGAAGCCUGUUGGCCAUUGUCGGCAAUAGGCAGCUGGCCUUCCAUUUUUUGCAAUAGGAUAUACAUGUAGCGCUGGUCACACUUUGUGGGUAUAUACUGUGUCAAUGCUCCAAUGCUAAUUUCAGCAAAAUUUGUAUGCAAACCCUUGCGCGCCUUGAGGUCUGUUUAAUGCAUCUCAUUAGCCCUCUUAGUUUGACCAAUGAUAGUAGUAUUUGGCACUCAACGUUCUAUUUCAUUUAUAAAUGGUCACCACAUUAUCAAUAUGUCAUGCAAACCUGGCUUGUUUCGCAUUCUGUAGUACUACAAGAUUAUGUAGGGUCAGCACUGUUUGUGCCGUGUUUGGUCUGCCGUGUACUAUUUGCUUUGCAAAUGUUAAGUAUACACAGUCGCAGUAUUCCUAGGUAAAUGUUCGAAGAAGUUGAAACGUGGAUGUUUCUCGAAUGUUAAAUCGGCCAACUGUCUGUGACACAGGCUUCACAUUUCCUUCUUCUUGCCUUUCUUGAGUAUUCGAAGUUCCCCGUGUAACCCUGUUUGGUCAUUGCGAGCAGCACAGUAAGCAGUUUUGAAAUUGUGGCAUGAAAAUUGCUGAAGUGAGCAACAUCAUAACUGCGGUGUCUUACUUGUCGAUAGAGAGGCGUUAGAAGCAUGGCAGCUUUGUAAUAUGGUGAAGCCUGGUCAAUGCGAGCAAUCUCAAGCGUGUCAAAAGUUCUGUUUGCCAUGAUGAGUAAUUGCAGGUUUUUAGAGCUGUCAGUUUCCUUAGCAGGCAUACUGCGAGGAAGCGGUCACCUGUGAAAACAUAAAUGGACAUGUGUAUAUUUAUUUACGUAAAUGGUUUUGUUGCUGUUCUGUAGCUUCCUGUACAGUUCUUUAAGUUGGAGUGUGGAUUUUUUUAAAGCUUUUUUUGAUGUGCUAUCUUUCUUUUAAAAGUAUGUUGAACUUUUUUAGUUUUUGGUAAGUCUUCAUUGCCAGGCCAGUGUAUUGUAUGGGGAGAGCUAUAUUUAUUUUUAGUUCUUAUUUGGGCUGUGUUGGUUGUUAGCCAAAGAUAACAUCUCAUUUUUUUCUUCUUCAGAUGGUGCAUGUUGCUUCAGUGAAUAUGAAGUGCCGUAUCAAUGGGUAAUCUGAAGUUUAUGUCAGGUCUUAAAAGAGCCUUCUACCUCUGGAAAUGAUUAUUUUAGUUGUUUGUUUAUCACAUGAUUUUUUGUAUGUGUUGUUGUAAAUUUAUUUUGUUAUCGCAGCUUGGUUGCAAUAUUUACAAGGCAAGACGCUGAAGCCUUGAAGAGUGUGUACGAGUAGUCUUGUUGAGUUUGUAUGAUGUUGCAGUUUCAUUCACUCGACUUUACUAUUUCCCAUGCACAUUGUGCUCAUUCUAAUCAGUGAUCACACCAUGACAUAUUGCUGUGGAGUGAGCUUAUCAUGGCAGUAUUUUUCUUACUUUUGAAAGGAGAUUAUUGUCUUAAGUACAGCUUCGAGCCUGGUUCGAAUCUUUACAGUUUGGAGUCUCAGAGAUAACGAUUUGCAGGUGUCAUUACCAUGAAAUUAUGUGAUGUGUGAUUGAGGUUUUGUUGUGGAACCUAACUGCAACCUAGCAGAGUCAACAAUUAGAAAAAAAAAGGCUACGUGUUGUGCUAGCAACAUUGGGGUGCAGAUUUUAAUCGCUAAGCACAGCCUAUGUUAAGUUCGCAGUUUGCAAGAGAUUGUGUAUGUCUAUACUUAGUACACUCUGUUGUUCUACAAAAAAGGCUGGAGAAAAUGCCAUAACUCAUGAGAGACUUUGUUCUUAAGUGCUUAGCCCCAUGUCAACCCAUGUUUCAUGCUCGCUCUUGUAAGUAGCCUAACUUGUCAUGUUUUCAUACAACCUGUAAUAAUUUCAUUUCAUUUACCGCACAUUCAUUCAUUGCGUUUUGAGCUGAUAUACAUACUGUACUGUGUUUUCAAGAAUGACUAUUCCAUGGUUUGGGCAUAAACCCAGCAACAAGUGUCAAAAAGAAAGCUCCGAGGAUGUUUCCACUGUUUAUUCACACUUUUGUGCAACGCACUUGUUUUUGUUGGAAAGUUUCUUCACGUCGUGUAUUUCAUGUUCCUAAACGAAAGAUUUUGUUUUGGAUUGUUUUCCAGUUCAUCAGACUUCAUUUCGUGUUCCAUCACACAAUAGUGUUAUAUCCUGUUUUUUUUUGUCGGAGUUGCCAAAUAUAUUUAUUCUAGUUGCCUGCUGAGGCAUCUUUACAGAAUAUUCACCUUGUUUUGUUAUUGCAUACUCAUUCUUAUUCCAUGUGUAAAUAUAUAUACUAUUUUUAGUAAACCCAUGAUUUUAAAUAUUCAUUGAGCACCUCUGUUAUAAUCAGAAGAUUGCUGUAUGGUGGAAUCCAAGAUUCCACAAAGCACUUUAAUGUAGUCAGAUGGUGGCAUUCUUGCAUGCAAACUGCAGUCAACAGUUUGGCCAACGUGACAUGAACAGUCCUAUGUUGUAUGCAACAUUAUCAUGAAAUACGGUGGACCACCUUUAUGACACUGUCAAGUUGAAUGCUCUGAUAAGCGUAAUAACUUGUCACCUUUGUUUCAUAUUUCUUAUAUUUAUAUUCUUUACGUUAAAAGGAAAAUUUAGAUCUUACCUCGCUGUUCAGAUGCACUUGAAAAGAAGAAAUGCUUUGACUUAGCAGUUGAACCAAUUCGAGGGAAACCUCUUGUGUUUGAAGUAAUGUCAGAUUCUAGUGACUGCUAUAUUUUUUGUUUACAAAAACUGACACAUUGUAUAAUUCGAGAAAUAACGAAGCAUUAGGUCUGCUCCUCUGCGACUCCUUAACAGAAAGACACAGUUCUGUAAAGAACAUCUGUGAGAGUGUCCGAGCUGAAUAUAAUUGAUAUACAGGGUGUAGCCCAUAGAAAAUGGCACUCUAUGUUGUGAGUAAGCCUUCUGAAGUACUCAAGCAAAUGAAGUGCUUUUUUAUGUAGCCCAUACGUUAAUAUCGUAAACCUUUAUGCUUUAAACAUAGUCUCCUCUGGUGUCUACAGAAUUUGCAGAAUUCUAAUGUUUUUGUUUGCUAACCUCAAGGUUUGCAAACCUGUUUGCAUUUUUCAGAACUUUUCAUUGUCCAUCAGUUUGCAAAAAAAAAAAACAUUUAAAUAUUUACACACAUCUGCUUCCAGCAAUCACUCUGUUUAAUUUUUUUUAUGCAACAAAUUUCAUUUAAGUCUGUUCAGCAAUCAUGUAACAACAAUUUUUAUGUUGCACUUCUAUUUGAACAAGUUGGGCCACCUAAAGCGAACUUCUGAUUAGAUAACAGAAUUUAAGGAGAGUAUGUCAAACCCCAACUUAAUGUGAAUUGGCUUAAUCCAUUGUCCCGCAAUUAAUGGUCUUGGAUCAUUAACAUCACUCGCUGUGGUUGCUUAGUGGCUACAUUGUUAGGUUGUUGCUGAGCACGAGGUCGCGGGAUCAAAUCCCGGCCACGGCUUCUGGAUUUUGAUGGGGGCGAAAUGCGGAAACACCCGUGUACUUUAAUUUAGGUGCACGUUUAAAGAACCACAGGUGGUCCAAAUUUCCGGCGUCCCACACUACGGUGUGCCUCAUUAUCAGCUCGUAGUUUUGGCACGUGGAACACCAUAAUUUAAAUUUUUAGGUCAUUAAUAUCAAUCUUUGCAUAAGCUUUCAUGUCGACCUCCUUGCACUCUCUACCACUUCCAUGCUUCAUUUAAACGCCAUGUACUAAUGCGCCCAAACGGUCAACCUGGUUGUGAAAACUCCCUAGCUUACCGAGUAGUGGUACUGGCUUGAAAGUACAAGCUUGUCUUCAUCCGUUAUGUGAACUUUAGUUGUUGUGUUACUGUGAAAAAAAAGAAGAAAGCUUUUAUUUCGUGCAAGUUGCUCCCUCUCGUCAUUUAAAACAAUUGUACAGUCGAGAAUUCUCUGCCCCACCUUCAGUACAACAUGCAGAGGGAAUGACACGGUGGCCACUUACACGCUUGAAGUCCACGAUGCCACCUGACAUUCUGAUAGUACAGGGUGAUGCAAUAUAAAAGAGGACACCUAAGCAACACUCAAGCAACAACUGCUUAAGAAGUGUGGUUUGAGACACCAGUCGCCUAUGCUUGCUGCGUGGCUUUCCUGUUAAAGAAACCUGUGUUUGAGUACGAGGACAAUGGAUGCUUUUCAGUGUUCUAGUUCAUAUUGUUCACGACUGUACUUGCACAGUCAGUUGGGAGUACACCUGUUCUACAUCACGCCUGCAGCUGUGUGCUAUAAAGCAAGCUGUGCACUACGUAAGGGCUUGGUGCAAUAACUAUAACUUGGUGAAUAACUAUGAAUAACUAUAACUAUAACUAUGGAUCCUUGCAAUGUUCACCGCUAGGGUUGGGCACUUAUUGCAACAUAAGACCUUGCUAAUUGACAAUCUUAAUUAACGUGGCUGUUUCCCAAACUAGGUAUUGCAACCCCAUAAGUUGAUACAUAUUCAGUGGGCAAGAAGGAGUUGUUGCAAAGAGGCUUAUUAACUUGAGUCAAGGGCCUAAAAAAAAUUUAUAUGGCAUAAAUAGAAAUCAAAAUAACGAAUUGACAAUAUAAAUAAGUGAAAGGUGAUUACUACCCUGGACAGAAGUGGAUUUUAUAAUUUUCUAAGACUCCAUUGCUUGGUGAGCCUGUGCUCCAAAAGUAAACCUAAGUGGCUGUCGUUAUGGGGAGCAUAUGUCUUUCUUUGCAUUGCAUUCCAAUCCAGCUUAUUUUACUUUGGCCACAAUAGACUUGAAUGUCAUAUCGGGUGUUGUGGUAUUGGGAAGCCUGGUAAGAGAGGAGUGAGGGGAAAUCGUGUUUGUGGUUUGCAUUCUUGGCGAGUCGCAAGGUGCAGAGUUUGGGAAACGCCGCAGUAACUGAUCAAUUGAUGAACGGUUGGCUCUAUCCGUCAAUGUGCGCAUCAUUAAAUGAAGUAAACUGAACGCACUGCAUAUGGUAGUACUACUGCUCAUUGUUAGGCCAUAAACGCUGGUGAAUGUGAUGUUCAUAAAGCGGCCACAAUUUGUGUGCUGGCGCUCGCAGUUUUUUUCAUUAAAUUAGCUGAGUGUAUUGCCCGCAAUUGAAGAUAACUGCCCUGAAAAAAUUAACUGGGAUGAAGGCAUUAGUUAAAUGCAGAGGUUUAUUUGUCAAUUGCCCAGCCCUCUCGGCAUGGCGCUUGGUGUGAUGUAGACAGAAACACACAUUAGUUCUUCACUCCCUUCCCGAGAUGCUGUUGUUCAGUAAUUGUCACAUUACCGUACCACAAUAUGUAAGCUACAGAAGAAACCAGCGGUCACAUGGUGGCAAUACAGUAGUGUCGGAGCGCUUGCAUCUUUAUAACCACGACGGAGACCUAAGCUUGACAUUUGUCUUUUGUACUCUGAAGGUUUUGAGCUCCGGAAUGGUUGUGUACCACACGUUGGUCAGACACCACUCUGCUGUAUACCACAUUCUUGCGUGCACAGGACUCGUGCUUGAGCCAAGGUAUCACGUGCCAUCUUUUGCUCGCUUUUUUUUUUUACUGGACUCGUCUGCCGAAGUGUUCAGCGAAGAAUCUUGAGAAAUCGUGACUUGCUUUCCAUUUUCACCAAGGAUCGUCACCUAGUCGUGUACAGGAAUGUGGCUGUUGGCCUUUGCUGCUCUCGGCGUUGGAGGUGUCAGCUAAUGCCACUGGCUUUGGAGGGACACAUUGUGUGUGUGUGCGUGAGGCAUAUUGUGUACGUGGAUGUCUUCAUGAAAUUCAAUGUGUGAUCGUUGUGUGCACUUGUUGCGCUUCAUUAAACGGACGUUGAAAGCCGCCCUGUGCGGGA